AUGUCAGAACCACAGACAAUAACGUACAAAAAAGUCGGCCAGCUGGAGAUACAGCUCGACAUCUACCUCCCACCCAAAGCUCACAAAGUCCCCAUCCUCCUCUGGUUUCACGGCGGAGGCCUCCUCCAAGGCCGUCGAAAUAGACACAUGGCGCCUCACAUGCUCCGUGGCGUCAACAAACACAACUACGCCUUCAUCUCCGCCGACUACAGACUCGCGCCACAAGUCGGCGUCAAAGACAUACUAGACGACGUCAAAGACUGCAUCGCCUUCAUACGAAAUGAGCUCCCCACGCACAUUGGCCCAGAUGUCCUGGAUCCCACUCGCCUAGCGGUAUCAGGCAGCUCUGCAGGCGGCUACCUGACCUUCCUUGCGGGCCUGUAUGUUGACCCCAAGCCAACGGUCUUGCUGUGCAUAUACCCCAUUGCAGACCCUCUUGGAAAGUUCUUCACCUCGUCGCAGUUAGAGCUCUUGGGUGAUCAGCGUGCUGAUCCGGCUCUUGUGAUUGAGUUUAUGGAUCCAAACGGCGAGGUGGUCACCGGAAAUGGCGACGACAGCAACAGGAACAAGAUGUACAAUUAUAUGCUGGAAAAGGCCAACCUUGCGCCUCUUUGGCGGAUUGAUGCGGGUGAUACUACGUAUAGUGUUGCGAAGAACAUCUUGGAGUGUGGUCUGCCGCCUACGUAUGUUGUGCAUCCGGAUGCGGAUAUAGAUGUUGGUAUUGAACAGAGUGACGAGGUGGUUGGAGUCAUGGUGGGUUUGGGGCUGGAGGUUGUGUAUAACAGGAUUCAUGGGCUGGCGCAUUCUUUUGAUGAGGAUGAGAAGGUUGAGUUGGAGGACAUGUACAGCUUCAUGCUGCGGCAUCUUUGA